UUCGUGAAGGGCGGGUUCGACCCGAAGAUGAACGCCCGGGAGGCGUUGCGGAUCUUGGAGUUGAAGGAGGCAAGCCUGUCGCUGAAAAAGCUCAAGGACAACCACCGGAGAAUCAUGCUCCUCAACCACCCGGACAAGGGGGGCUCGCCGUACUUGGCCACGAAGAUCAACGAGGCCAAGGACUUUCUCGUGAAG